ACUGGAAGAUGGGCUCAUUAGUGGCGGUGGGCUUGCAGUGUUGAUGGAUUUUAAUACAGUUACUGCGUUUUAAGUUUCCCUUUUCACGCCGGCGAAUUUGCCCUCCUUACGGUGUCAAUCUCCGCUACUGAUUCCUCUUAUGCCAUCCCAAACGAGGACACUGACUCGCUCACUCACGGGUUCAACUGAACUGACCAGGCCAUGAAGUGCCGAUCCGUGGCGUGUGUUUGGUCAGGCACGCCUCCGGGUCACAGAAUUACCGCCACCGCUGUACUGAAUCAACCUCCGACCUUAUACACGGGCGGAUCCGAUGGCUCCAUUAUCUGGUGGAACCUCUCCACCUCCGAUUCCAAUUCGGAGAUCAAACCGGUUGCUAUGCUGUGUGGUCAUGCUGCGCCAAUAGCUGAUCUCAGCAUCUGUUAUCCUGUGGUCGUUUCAGGUGAUGUUAAAGAAACAGAUUAUUCAAGUAAUGGUGCUGCAAACUCAAUUUCCGGUACAUGUGGUGCCUUAAUAAGUGCCUGUGUGGAUGGCUUAUUAUGUGUCUGGAGUAGAGGGAGCGGACAUUGCAGACGUAGAAGAAAACUGCCCCCUUGGAUUGGCAGUCCAUCCAUUAUUCGUACAUUGCCCGCGAGUUCUCGAUAUGUGUGUAUAGGCUGUUGUCUCGGUGAUUCUGCCCAAUUAUCUGAUCAUCAUUCUAUUUAUUCUAUUGAUGGGAGUGAGGAUUCUGCAGACAAGGAGCCUCAGCCUAGAAAACCCCCAAGAUGCACUGUAGUAAUUGUUGACACUUAUAGUCUUACUAUUGUGCAAACUGUUUUUCAUGGGAAUUUAUCAAUUGGGCCAUUGAGAUUUAUGGAUGUAGUUUUGUUGGGUGAGGAAGGGGAACAACAUUCUGUUUUUAUGGCUGAUUCGUAUGCUAGGGUACAAUUGGUUCCAAUAUUAAAAGAUUCCAACCUAGAUGGUGAAGGGGUGAAUGACCAGCAUAAGAGUUCUCAGUUCGCAGUUUGGGGUAAUGGUGUGAGUGAAGGAGGACAGGUUGUUUCAAUCGCAACCCGAGGGAACCUUAUUGCACUUGUGUUGAAAAAUUGCUGCAUAUUUAGGCUAUUGACCAGUGACACUAAAAUUGGGGAGAUUUCUUUUCUGGGCAAUCUACUUUCUGUUGAAGGCAAUUCUACUCAAUCAUGUAUACUUGGGGGGAUGUUUCUUGAAAGUUUUGGUGCCGUUAGAAUGCAGAAUACCCAGGAAGCAUAUGAAAAUUUUUGGGAAAAUUUUGCUGUAUGGAACCGUGCAGGUUCUGCAGUUGUGUAUGUUGUAUCGUAUUUGGAUGAUGUAUUUAAGUGUGAGCUUCUUUCUGAGAUCCCUGCUGCUUCUUAUCCUCUUCAUGUUAGACUAUCAGUUUCUUUCAUUCAGUCUAACAAUCAUCUUCUCCGAUUUGAAUCAGUCUGCUUUGACGUUGAAGAGCCUUUACAGUGGAAACCCCAUGUGACAAUCUGGUCUUUAUGUCAAAAACAUGAUAAAUAUGGGGAGCUGUCUCAGUGCAAAAUAUUGGGAGAAUGUGAUUUAUUUGCCGAGUGGAUCUCAAGCUCUAGUUUGCUCCAUGAAAUAUAUGGCCAUGGUGGCAGGAAGAAGAGAAUAUCCUCUUCUCAAAGUUCUGUUUCAUGCUCAGAAAAUGAAAGUAGUAAACACGCAGAUGGUCAAAGUUGCAGUUCUUUGCAUGGGGGACAAACUGUAACUUCUUCCAUGGUUAUUUCUGAAAAUCUUUUUGUUCCUUACGCUAUUGUGUAUGGCUUCUCUAGUGGUGAAAUUGAGGUUGUACGCUUUGACUUGAUUCUGGGACCAGAUUCUCAUGGCAGAAGUCCACGUGAUGAUGUAGAUUCACACGUGUUCAGACAAUAUUUUACUGGGCACAGUGGUGCUGUACUUUGUUUGGCAGCGCACCAGAUGUUGGGUAAUGCCAAAGGAUGGAGUUUCAGUCAGGUUUUAGUUUCUGGAAGCAUAGACUGCACAGUUCGCAUAUGGGAUCUUGACUCUGGAAAUCUGAUAACAGUGUUGCACCAGCAUGUUGCUCCAGUGCGCCAGAUAAUCUUUUCCCCCGCAUGGACUGAACAUCCAUGGAGUGAUUGCUUUCUCUCUGUUGGGGAGGACUCAUGUGUUUCCCUUGCUUCUCUUGAAACUUUAAGGGUAGAGAGAAUGUUUCCUUCACACCCUAGCUAUCCUGAAAAAGUUGUGUGGGAUGGUGCAAGAGGCUACAUUGCAUGUCUUUGCCAGAGCCAUUCAGGGACAUCUGAUGUUGUUGAUGUUUUGUACAUUUGGGAUGUAAAGACAGGAGCUCUAGAGCGGGUCCUUCGUGGAACUGCUUCCCAUUCAAUGUUGGAUCAUUUUUGUAAAGGAAUCAGUGCUAAUUCCAUAUCUGGUUCUAUACUGAAUGGAAAUACUUCAGUGUCCUCAUUACUUCUGCCGGUCAUUGAAGAUGGGAGCUUUUCUCCAUCUCACAAAAAUUAUUUGGAGAAGAGGAACGUCUCAUCAAAUACAUUGUCAAGUGUUACAAAUAUGUUAGAGCCCACUAGUUCCCAAGCACAGGUUAAGAAGGGAAAUUCUGCUCCAACCACAUCAUCUUUCCUAAAAAACAGCAAAUAUCCCAUUAGAUGCACUUGUCCAUUUCCUGGGAUUGCUACUCUCACUUUUGACCUUGCAUCAUUGAUGUUUUCUUGUCAGAAGCGUGAGUCUGUAGCAAAUGGCAGUGAUAAGCUGGAGAAUACCAAUGUUAAGGAACAGGGAACAAAUACCCCAAGUCCCCGCCAUGUAUCCAUUGAUGAUAGUUCUGAUAAGAAUGGGAUCUCUAUUGAUGCUGUAGAGGGGCAGGAUUGGAUUAGGUCACUAGAAGAAUUACUACUUAGAUUUAGUUUAUCUAUUUUACAUUUGUGGAAUGUAGAUAGUGAGCUUGAUAAAUUGCUAAUGAUGGACAUGAAGCUAAAGAGACCAGAGAAUUUUAUUUUAGCUUCUGGUUUGCAAGGGGACAAAGGGUCUUUAACCCUUACUUUUCCUGGUUUGAGUGCUGCUCUUGAGCUGUGGAAAUCAUCAUCCGAGUUUUGUGCUAUGAGAUCACUGACGAUGGUGUCAAUCGCCCAAGGCAUGAUUAGCUUGUCUCCCUCCAGUUCAGCAGCCAGCAGGGCUUUAGCAGCAUUUUACACCCGGAAUUUUGCUGACCAAAUUCCAGAUAUAAAACCACCUUUACUGCAGCUUUUGGUGAGUUUCUGGCAAGAUGAGAGUGAGCAUGUACGUAUGGCUGCUCGCACUUUAUUCCACUGUGCUGCUUCAAGGGCAAUUCCAUUUCCUCUCUGUGGUCAGAGAACAAGUGAUCAUGCAAAACUUGUGAGAUCCCUAAGUGAAAUUGGAGAAAAUGAAGGUGGAGCUUCGAAAGCAGGAGGAAUAUCUGAUAAUGGUUUGUCUUCUGGCAUGUUUCCUCAAUCACAAGGAAGCUCUCAAGCUGAAGAAGCUUUUGUCAAUUCACCUGAAACACAAGGAAUCACUGAGGUAGAGGAAUCUAAAAUACUUGCAUGGUUAGAGUCAUUUGAAGUGCCAGACUGGAUUUCAUGUGUUGGAGGGACAAGUCAAGAUGCAAUGACAUCCCAUAUUAUUGUUGCAGCAGCAUUGGCAAUAUGGUACCCUAGUCUUGUGAAACCAAGUCUUGCCAUGCUGGUGGUUCAACCAUUAAUAAAAUUGGUUAUGGCUGCGAAUGAAAAAUAUAGUUCUACUGCUGCAGAGCUCCUUGCAGAAGGUAUGGAGGAUACAUGGAAAGCAUGCAUUGGUUCUGAAAUACCUCGUCUGAUUACAGAUAUAUUCUUUCAAAUAGAGUGUGUUAGCAGUCCAUCUGCCAACUCAGCUGGACACCAACCAGCUGUACCAUCUUCCAUUCGAGAAAUUUUGGUUGGUGUUCUUCUUCCAAGUUUAGCAGUGGUUGAUAUUCUUGGGUUUUUGACUGUUAUAGAAAGCCAAAUUUGGUCUACUGCAUCUGAUUCACCUGUUCAUCUGGUAUCUCUGACAACUCUUAUCAGAGUUGUGCGUGUUUCUCCAAGAUACUUAGCUCAGUACCUUGAUAAGGUGGUUAACUUCAUAUUACACACCAUGGACCCUGGCAACUUAGUCAUGCGCAAAACUUGUAUUCAGAGUUCAAUGACAGCUCUAAGGGAAGUUGUACGUGUAUUUCCUAUGGUAGCCUUGAAUGACACGUCCACGAGAUUGGCUGUUGGGGAUGCAAUUGGGGAGGUCAAUAAUGCAAGCAUUUCAGUAUAUGACAUGCAAAGUGUGACAAAAAUAAAGGUUUUGGAUGCGAGUGCACCUCUAGGACUUCCAACUUUGCUUUCAGGAACAUCAGAAACAGCAGUGACUACGGUGAUUUCAGCUUUGAGCUUUUCCCCUGAUGGAGAGGGUUUGGUUGCUUUUUCUGAGCAUGGUUUGAUGAUCAGAUGGUGGUCAUUGGGAUCUGUCUGGUGGGAGAAACUGAGCCGAAGCCUUGUUCCUGUCCAGUGUACCAAAUUAAUAUUUGUUCCUCCAUGGGAAGGAUUCUCUCCCAAUUCUGCUAGGUCUAGUGUAAUGGCAAGCAUAAUGGGACAUGAUAGACAGAGCAAUUUGCAGGAUAAUGCAAGGAGUUUGAGUUAUGCAGACAGUUUGAAGAUGCUAAUUCAGAAUUUUGACUUUUCUUACCGGCUAGAAUGGGUUGGGCAACGUAAGGUGCUUCUUACUAGGCAUGGCAUGGAAUUGGGCACUUUCCCUUUAUGAACAGCAGCAGGUAGUGAAGCACAUUCUUACGGGCGAGCUUCAAGAAGCAUGCAGUGAGGGAUGCACUCAUGGUUCGUACAAGAUUUCUUAAAAAAUGCACAGGUUUUAAUGUGUUCACAGUAAAAGAAUUUAUUUUAGGCAGACAGAAUCUCAUUGUGUAUGAUUUGUAUGUUCUCUUAAGCUUCUCAUAAUUUUUCUAGUUAUUCAUCUUUCAGUUCUCUAAAUUUUUGGAAUAAAGGCUUAGUUGAG